AUGGAAAGAAUAUACAUCGAUAGCAGAGAAUCUGAUAAAUCGAGUCUUGGUCAUAUAGCUGCGAAUAGAGGUCAUUUCAACAUGAUAAAAUUACUCAACAAGCAUAAGUUACUCAAAGGCAAUGAAGUUGAUAUCGCUGUGAACUCGGGAAGUUUAGAGAUGAUAAGAUACUUGAUCGAUGCUGGUCAAACUGUUAGUAAAGCAUCGAUGGACAACUGUGCGAGGUCCGGUAAUUUUGAACUUCUCAAAUGGUUUCAUAACAAUAGGACUGAAGGAUGUUCUGUUUCGGCACUCGACUAUGCAGCGAUAAAUAAUAGACCUGAAAUUAUCGAAUGGUUGUUUGCUAAUCGAAGUGAAGGUUGUUCACAUAUUGCGUUUGAUUGGUCCGCCCGUAAUGGAAAUAUGAAGAUAAUCAAACUGCUACUUGAAAAGAACAAGAAUACUGGUGUGACAUUCUCAUCGCGUGCAAUAGAUAUGGCAGCGGAACGAGGUCAUCUUGAAAUCAUCCAAUUCAUCACUGAACAUCAUCCAGCUGUGAAAUGUACAUCCGAUGCAAUCGAUAAUGCCGCUGCUAACGGUGAUCUAGAUUUGGUUAGAUAUCUUCAUGAGCAUCGAACUGAAGGAUUCUCAAAGAGUUCAAUCUAUCAGGCAGCAAGAGGAGGACACCUAAGUGUUGUAAAAUAUCUCUAUGAGAAUACAGAUAUAACUUUGCCAGCUUCGACUGCUUCCGAUUCAUUAAGAAAUGAUAAUUUGGAUGUUGUAAAGUAUUUGUUGACAACCAAAAGAGUUCAUGGUGAAUCUGCAUAUCAUCGCGAUGUGUUGUCUCAGGCAGCAAGAAUUGGUAGCCUGGAAAUGAUCACAUUGAUACUAUCGUUGAAAAGAAAAGUUAAGUUUUCACAUAAUGUGCAAAGUGGUAUCGAGUGUGCAAUUGGACGUGGUCAUUUCGAUUGUUUCAUCUAUUUAUACAACUACUAUCAAGAUCAUUACCCAAACAAUAGUAUUCCAACACUGCCUACUACGUUUAUCUAUUCAGGUCAGAAGAUAAUGAUUGAACACUAUAUGGAGAAUCAACAUCGAUAUGGCCCUUUGAGCAGUGUUGAUUGUGAUCCUCGAUACAUAGUUGGAUAUUCAGCAUCGAAUGAAAUGAUCAAAUUAUAUAUUGAAAAGAACAUCAUUACUAAACCUAAAAUGUUGGACACAAUACCAAACUUUGAAGAUAAAUUCUUGGAAUUUGUUAAAGAAAAGUUAGAAUCAAGUGUUUCAAAAGUUCAAGUCCCCAGACAGCAUGUAUCAAGAAGACAACAGAAAAAAAAUAGGAAAGCAGAUUUAUAA